AUGUAUCAUGUAUUAGUAUUAUGCCUUUUUAUUAAAUGCAUUACUUGUAAUCCUCAAGUUGGACCAGAUCCAUGGGAUGACCUUAAUGUAAAUAAGAAUAUUUUAGAGGAAGAUGACUUACCACCAGAUUUAAAAAUACCUAAACAAAUAGCAAAAAUUAAACCUGAACCUAACCAAUGCAUGAGUGAUUGGUUUUAUAAGCGAUUACUAGCAAUUAUUUUAAAAGGUGGACAGAGAAAGGAAAAUGAAGAUGAUACAAUAGAUAUAUCUCUACAAAUGAAAUUCAGUCUAGAGCAAUUUAAUAGCCUUGAUGAAUACAUUUUAUCGAACAAGGCUCUUUCUGAAAAUAUGUUAAGGAGAUCCAUUGGACAUAUAGAAGGAUCCAUAUAUAAACCAACAAUUACUGAAAGAAUAGCCAUGGCUUGGAGUGAAUAUGUCUAUACAUAUAUUAUAGAAUAUAAAGACUACAUAACAUGGAGCCUUACAAUAGCUGCAAUGGUUGCUGCUACAUGUUGGUUAUGGCAUUAUGUGUCAUACAAGCACAUGUUAAUAUUUUUGGGAGUAGCACUAUAUUUAUAUGAAGUCUUCGUUUCUUAUAAAGAAGCUGAAAAGGAACAAGUCAACCGAUUUAUAUCAGGCCUUAACUCAUGUAAGUGGCAGUUUUGGACAUCGGAAUGUGUAGUGUCUCCACCAGACCCAAUAGUCAUGUUAAAACAUAUGAACCCUUUGAAGAUAGCUGCAAGGAUGUUCACGACUAUAAUAUCAGAGCCUAUGAUCACAAUCAGUGCUACUGUUAAUACUAUAGUUUUAAGUAUUACAGAUGAUCUAAUGUAUCCAUUGAACAAGAUCGCACAAGUCGCAUUAGUAUUAAUAUUCAAUGGUAUGCUCAUAAUGUUACUUGUUGGCAUUGUCUUCAACUUCAUACUAAAUAUUCCGUUUCAAUUAAAUUUAUUCUACAUACUAAGUAUUGCCCUAAAACAGCGAAACGGAAAUGAACCUCAAAGGCAGUCGGAACAGGUUCAGGCAGGGGAUCGAAUCUCAAAUGAAACCUUAAAUAGAUUUUUAGAUUUGUGCUCCAAAGCAUUGACUGUUAGUCAAAAUAAUCAAAAUUUGCCCAUUACUAAUUCUAGUCAAAGUCAACCCGUUCAGGGUAUGAAAAGAUCAGCCAGCACUGGAAGGCUUCCUAGCAUUAAGUCUAGCUUUAAUCAGGAUUCAAUCAAAAGAAAGCAUGGUGGGAGUGGGGACGCAUCAUAA